CGCGUUUAUGGAACAUGUCCUAUACUGCCGGCUCUUGUACUGAGCUCGACCAGCUACCCCCCGCCUUAAGCCCGGCGGUUGUUCAGGAUCGUACGGAGGGCGGAGUGCUAGUUGCUACAAAGAAUGAACCACAUGGCUCGCAGUUUACGGCACAUAAUCGCCAACCUCUGCGGCUCGGGAAUGACAAUCACGAUCCUGAAGCUGUUGUUUGAUGACUUUGGAGGCGGCUUAAAUGACAGUGCUCCCGGUGCAUUAAUCCCCUACAUCGAAAAAGAGUAUGGCAUUGGCUAUGCGGUCGUGUCUCUCAUAUUUGUGACCAACGCCUUGGGAUUCAUCCUCGCUGCACCCUGUACCCAUGUCCUUGAAGCCCGUCUCGGCCGCGCUUGGACAUAUUCGCUGUCUUUAUUAAUGGUCGCCAUUGCACAUGCAGCAAUAAUUGCCAAACCGCCGUUCGCUGUGGUCGUUUCAUGCUUUUUCUUCAUUGGAUUCGGGCUUGCGGUUAGCCUGGCACUCAACAACGUUUUCUGUGCCAACCUAGUGAACAACACGGCUGCACUUGGGGGUCUCCACGGCGCUUAUGGCGUCGGUGGUACGAUUUCGCCGCUAAUCGCAACUGCAAUUUCGGCGAGCGGCAUCCCCUGGAGCAUCUUCUACGUUAUCCCGCUUGCCGUUGGGCUUAUCAAUAUCGUAUUCUCGGUUUGGUCUUUCCGAGACUAUGAGAAAGACCUAUCCGUCCACCAGCCCCCUACUGCCCGACAAGUAUCUCCUCAACAUUCUGCUCAGAGCACAGGAGCCCAUAGAGACCAUGCUCUUAAGAAAGCCAUCAAGAAUAGGGUCACGCUACUGGGAGCGUUGUUCAUAUUUGCGUACCAAGGUGCCGAAGUUUCCAUUUCUGGAUGGGCCGUGUCUUUUCUUGUUGCUUAUCGCGGGGGGGAAAUUGCCAAGGUCGGAUAUAUUAGCACUGGCUUUUGGGCUGGCAUUUCCCUAGGCCGGUUCCUUCUGUCUCAUCCUGCUCAGAAACUUGGGAGAAAGGUCUCUACGGCCGGCCUCAUAGCGGGUUCAGCGUUUCUUCAACUGCUCGUCUGGCUAGUUCCUAACAUCGUUGGUGAUGCCAUUGCGCUCGCCAUUGUCGGUCUUCUGCUUGGUCCCAUAUAUCCGUGUGCCACAGCUGUUUUCGCGACAUUGCUUCCACGUGGAAUCCAGCUUUCGAGUCUAGGAUUCGUUAGCGCCAUGGGUAGCAGUGGUGGCGCAGUAGCGCCGUUUUUCACCGGUCUUCUCGCACAGAAUCUUGGUACAGUAGUGCUACACCCGAUAUGCAUAAUGCUGUAUGCUGUGAUGCUUGUUUCUUGGGUUUUCCUUCCAAAGAUUCGAAAAGAGGACUGAAUGACCAAACAGUUCGCAUCCUUAAGGAACCAACACAACUUCCUAGCCUCAGGACAUAAACUAUUGAUCAGUAAUUCUCCCCAAAGGUGGGAGCAAUAAUGCCCCGUCCACCAACGUCUCUAUCCUUUCCACUUUAUACACACAUAUUCAUUGCGCAGAUAACAUGAAACUAGGUUGAACGUACAGAGUACAGAUGUGCUAGUUUAUAUAUAUCUUUGAUAUAA